AUGAACAAUUUAUUAAUUAUAUCAACCGGAAUCUGCCUGUUCGCACAAACAGUUCCGGUAUUAAUAAAGUCCAUAAUAUCAUGGAUGUAUGCAGAAAGUCCAAGCGAAGCGGCAAUUAAAAAUGAAAUGCAACAAUUAGAGCAAGAAAUGGCAAGCAUAUCGAUGGUGGACGAGUUUGCAAAAUACACCAGAGUUCAACGCCGGCACACAUUAUUAAAAAAAAAUUACGCUGAUGGUACGAUGGCCCGCGUGUCUACUAGAAAUAAAAUUCAGAUAUUUUUAAUUUAUUUCGCUAAAUUAUUUAAUGGAAUUGCGGUGGCAGUUUUGCUUUAUUUCUGGAGAAAUGAGCCAGUUAUUGUUUUACCUAAAGGUACACUGUGGCCAAUUAAUAUUAUAUAUUCUUAA